AUGGACUUUGGGGUGGCCCUGCUGAUGCUUCCUGCUCUCUGGCUUUGGGGGCACGCAACUGCAGAACCAGCCAAUUUUUGCUCCUCAGCCCCCUGUAAGAACGGAGGGACCUGCAGAGACCUGGAGGGCGGCUACAGGUGCCAGUGUGCCCAGAGUCCCAUAGCUUAUGUGGGAAGAGACUGCGGGUUGCUAGCUGAACCGUGCGAUAGUCAUCCUUGUCCACCUGAAUGGAUUUGCAGUGGGACACCUGGAUACCUGAAUUACACUUGCCACUGUAGAUCAGGCUCGACAGAUCUCCCUUGCAGACCCCGAGGGGAUGAAUGUAAGAACAAUCCUUGUCUUCAGGCUGAUUUUGAGUGCGUCAGGAUCCAGGAUGGGUAUGGCUGUCAAUGUCAGAGCGGAAACAGCUGUCUGGCAAGGACUUCCAUUUGUUCUAGUCAACCAUGCUACAACAAUGGUACCUGUCUUGAGACCGCUGGGACGUACACGUGCCAGUGCCCACCUGGCCACAGUGGCACCCACUGCGAGGAGGAGGUGGACGAGUGUGCCUCCAGCCCCUGCCAGAACGGAGCCAUCUGCCUCGACCGAGUCAACGAAUACAGUUGCUUCUGUGUGCCCGGCUUUCAGGGGUACCGCUGUGAAAUUGACAUCAACGAAUGUGCCUCCCAACCUUGUCAACACAACGGCACCUGCCUCAACCAGAUAGAUCAUUACGUUUGCCAGUGUCGGUCUGGCUACACAGGUACGAACUGCGAUGUGGAGAUCAACGAAUGUGAGUCGGGUCCUUGCUGGCAUGGUGGCACCUGCAGUGACCGCAUUGGGUUCUUCACCUGUUCCUGCCUGCCAGGCUACGCAGGAGCCCAGUGCGAGGUGGACAUUGAUGAGUGCCAGAGCCAGCCUUGUCUUCACGGAGGGAUGUGCCAUGACCUCGUCAACGGCUACCAGUGUGACUGCCACAACACUGGCUUUGAAGGACAGCACUGUGAGGUGGACAUCUUGGAAUGUGCUUCACAACCUUGCCAGAAUGGAGCUUCCUGCUUGGAAGGGGCUGGAUUUUACAACUGUUCUUGCUGGCCAGGGUACAUGGGGACACACUGCGAAGAAGACAUUGACGAGUGUGCGGCACACCCUUGUCUCAACGGCGGCCAGUGCCUUGAACGGUCCAAUCAGAGCUACUACGGGAAGCACGUGGGUUUUCCGGAGCAGUUUGUCCACCAGGCAGCUGCGGGGUUCAUCUGCCGUUGCCAGCCCGGUUUUGAGGGAGAAACCUGUUCCAUCAACACUGAUGAAUGCAAGUCCCAACCAUGUCAGAACGGAGGAAGCUGCGUAGAUUUGGUGAACGGCUAUCGGUGUCACUGCUCGCCAGGAUAUUCAGGGAUCGAAUGUGCCAACGAGAUUGACGAAUGCGAAGGCCACCCCUGUGAAAAUGGAGGCGUGUGUGAAGACGGCAUUGCGGACUAUAUCUGCCAUUGCUUCCUUAACCCAGAUGGCAUAGCCUGGGGUGGAAAGAACUGCUCAGUGGAGCUCACUGGGUGCAAGACGCACAACUGCCAAAAUGAGGCUUUGUGCAUUCCCAUCUUCCAAUCUGAGGUCCAUAGCUAUCUGUGCCAGUGCCACCCUGGAUUUUAUGGCCCCACCUGCUCUACACCAACCACCUUCUCGUUCACAGCUAAUGCCUACCUCUUCAUCAACACAUCUGCCGAUGGUGAGAACACAAGUGGUCAUGGAGCCAGUGUAGCCCUCCGGUUCCGGACCACCCUUCCUGAUGGCCUCCUUUUCUACCGCGGCUACCAAGCUGAGUACCUACUCCUGGAACUCUAUGCUGGCCUUCUACGGGUGGUGCUUUUGACUCAGGAGGCCAAUGUAUCUUUCACACUGGAGGCCCCACCGGUAAAUGAUGGCCACUGGCACAAAGUGGAAGUCUUUCUGCAAGAGUCUCUUGAACUCAGGCUGUGGCACGAAGCUUGCAAAGCUGGUAUCUGCCUGUACAGUCACCCCCUUGGCGAGACAAUCCCAGUGUCCUUUUUGCCUUCGUUUCUGCAAAUAUAUAUUGGAGGCGUUGAAGAGAAAUUAACGACCAACUACACAGGACACUUCACUGGGUGCUUGGAAGACUUGCAGAUUGACUCCAAGGUCAUCCUACCACAGGAGGUAGACGGGCACCAGCCUUCUGGAUUUCAGCUGGGCUGUGAGAGAACAGAGUGGUGUCAGUCUCAGCCUUGCUCACAUGGCGCCCGAUGCAUUGACCUCUGGACGGACUUCCGCUGUCACUGUUCUCGGCCUUAUGAAGGUCGCACUUGUUCUUACGAAUCCCCUGCAGCGACCUUUGGCCAAGACAAUUCUUCUAGCUUUGCCACCUUUGCAGUGCACAACAGUCUCGGGAUGAACUUUAACCUCUCAUUUUUCAUCCGGACUCUGAAGCCCAGUGGCCUAAUAUUCCAGAUCAGCAAUGGAAGCGAAGUUUUCCUUACAGUAUACUUGAAGGAUGGGAAGCUCCAGAUCGAGGCACCAUCUGCUACUCCUGUUGGAUCGUCUGGAAAUCUCGCCGAUGGCACAAGACACUUUGUGAUGGUUUCCCUCCAUCAAGGACAGGCUCGUGUCAGCCUGUUAAACAGCGAGGAAGAACUGGGAGAUCUGGCAGUAACCCUUCUUGCCACUUAUUCUGAGAUUCACGUGGGUGGACUCCCACACCAAGACAACCUUGACAUCUGGGGAGGUCCUUUUAAAGGCUGUCUUCAGGAUGUCCAACUCAAUCAUCACCAGAUGCAGUUUUUCCCUCAUCCAGAUAAUAACAGCAUUCCACAAGACGUGUAUAUGGGACAAAACCACAACAUUGUUCCAGAAUGCAUCUCAGAUAAUGCCUGCAAGUCUUCCCCAUGCCUCAAUGGUGGCCUCUGUGCUGUCACCUGGAAUGACUUUAACUGCAGUUGCCCACCCAGCUUUACUGGAAAGUGGUGUGAGGAGAGAGUCUGGUGCAAAAGUGAUCUGUGUCCUCAACCUACCACUUGCGUUGAUGUCCCCUCUGGUUACGUUUGUCUGGCCAACGCCACAUUUUACGAGCACGACGCGAUUGAAUUCGCAGCAAAUACAUCCAUCGUCAGAGCUCUUCACAGCCUCCGCUUGGACUUCAGAACGCGGGACAACGAUGCUGUCUUGAUACAAGCAGCAGAGGAAGUGGAUUCUCUUCUGGUGGCUAUUCAGAACUCCUCCCUGCUGGUUGAAAUCCGGAGCGGGAACGGAGUUGAGGGAGCAAACUUUCUCAGGCAGAUGCCCGUCUCUGAUGGCUCCUGGCACACCCUCUUAUUGACCAUGGAAGAGCCUUUGGCCCUUUCAUCAAGGUGGCACCUCCAUUUGGAUGGAUCCACCAAUGCAACCCUCCUGGGGAAUGCUGGGAAUCUGGAUUUCUUAAAAAGCAACACAUUCGUUGUCCUGGGUGAAAACUUCACUGGCUGCCUUGGACAUGUAGACAUCGGGGGGCUGUUUUUGCCUCUGGCUAGUCACCCAGUUUACCCACAGCCAGAACAAUUUGUGCAGGUGACCAGCAGGCCGGUCCUUCUGGGCUGCCAAGGAGCAGACGUCUGUUCUUCUAAUCCGUGUCAUCACGCAGGCUCCUGCCUGGAUCUGUUCAAUGCCUUCAGCUGUGCCUGCAGGCCUGGGUGGGAAGGGCCGCUGUGUGAGACCAACGUGGAUGACUGCAAAUCCAGCCCGUGUCUUCACGGGGAGUGUGUGGACCAGGAGGGAGACUUCCAGUGUGUGUGCAAGAGGGGCUUCAUUGGGAAGCGCUGCCAUAUCAACGUAGACGACUGCGUGAGGCACCAGUGCCAGAAUGGAGGGAGCUGCGUGGAUGAAGUCUACAGCUACUCCUGCAACUGCCCACCACAAUACUCUGGCCCCCUCUGCGAGUGGCCCUUUCCACCUGAACAAUGUGGCCAGAACUUCACGUGUUUGAACGGCGGCAAAUGUACGAGUGGCCCGUGGGGAGCCAACUGCAGCUGCAAGACUGGCUACACAGGGAAGAAAUGCCAGAUCAACAUCAGUGACUGUGACCCCAACCCCUGCAAAAAUGGGGGGACAUGCCAGCACUCCAUGAAUCGGUUCCGAUGCAUAUGUAGUGCAAGCUAUGCUGGAGAAUACUGCGAUCUUGACAGGGGGGGUCUCCCAGGCGCUGUCUUCCCAUUCCCCUUGGUGGAAGUCGCGGUGCCUGUGGUCUGCAGCUGUUUGUUUCUUCUCGUCAUCAUCCUGGUCCUGAUGAUCCUCACGGCCCGGAAGAGGCGCCAGUCCGAGGGAACCUACAGCCCAAGCCAGCAGGAAGUGGCCGGAGCCCGCCUGGAGAUGGACAGUGUACUCAAAGUGCCACCGGAGGAGCGUUUAAUAUAG